AUGGAACCUUCAAAGGAACAUGCUCUUAAAAGGAGACCAUGGCGCUUGACCUCCUCCUCGAACCCUUAUUCCGGCCCACAGAACCCAUGCCCCUCUGCCUCUCCCUCCUCUCAAGGUCUUAAAACUCCAACCGUAAGAACCCUUGCACCCUCCCUGGGACCCCAUACCCCACCUCACGGACCCCCAUACCCCAUCCCGAGGACCCCGCACCAUCUCCAGGACCCCAACCCCACCCCGGGACCCCAACCCCAUCUCCAGGACCCCAACCCAUCCCCGGGACCGGUAGUUGAGCCACCCCUCGCCCUCGCCCCAAAUUCCUCGGCGGGGACAGAUUUCCCAUCCGAGAAGUCGUUUAACAAAGACGGCGAAGGCAAGCACCUGCCCUCGUAUAAAAGGACAUGUUUCGCCAGACAGAGGGCAGACAGGGAAAGACGGCAGACAGAGGAAGCCACGCAGAGCCAAUCUCUCCACCACCACGUCCUCGACCCUGGGGACACGGGGGGUCUCAUGGGAGUCUCGCAUCUACCAUAA